GGCAUCUGUGAGGUGAUGGGGGACCCAGACCCUGUCAGACAAUGCAGCGGACCUCUUCCUCUCAUUGUCAGAGAAUCCUUUGUCACACAGGGCUGCUGGCUCCGUAGGGAAGCCAGGCAGUGAUGCUGUGUCAUGCUGGAGGCCCAGCUGGCGGAAGCAGGCUGCAGCUUCAGCUGGAUGCAUUAGAGUGAGCGAGGCGAGAGAGGCGCUUUCCUCUUUUAACAUUCACAAGGAGAGCGGAGCCCUGUCCCAGGCCCUUGAGAAGGAGAACUGCUUUUCAGGAGCAGGUGGUGUGUGUGAGCAGCCGGAGGGAUGGAGAACUCUUCAGCAGCGUCGGCCUCCUCCGAGGCAGGGAGCAGCCGCUCCCAGGAGAUCGAGGAGUUGGAGCGCUUCAUUGACAGCUAUGUGUUGGAGUACCAGGUGCAGGGACUGCUGACCGACAAGACGGAGGGGGACGGCGAGAGCCAGAGGACACAGUCCCAUAUCUCCCAGUGGACUGCUGACUGCAGAGAACAGCUGGACGGCGGCUGUUCCUUCUCCAGAGGGCGAGCCCCGCCGCAGCAGAAUGGCAACAAAGACAACACGCUGGACAUGCUGGGCACAGACAUCUGGGCUGCCAACACCUUUGAUUCCUUCAGUGGUGCCACCUGGGACCUGCAGCCUGAAAAGCUGGACUUCACCCAGUUCCAUCGGAAGGUCCGCCAUACACCCAAGCAGUCCCUGCCACACAUCGACAGAGAGGGGUGUGGAAAGGGGAAGCUGGAAGAUGGAGAUGGCAUCAACCUGAACGACAUUGAGAAAGUCCUCCCAACCUGGCAGGGCUACCACCCAAUGCCCCAUGAAGUAGAGAUUGCACACACCAAGAAGCUGUUCCGGAGGAGGAGAAAUGACCGAAGACGGCAGCAGAGACCCCCAGGAGGGAACAAGCCCCAACAGCACAGUGACCAUCAGCCAGGCAGUGCCAAACACAACAGGGACCACCAGAAAUCCUACCAAGGGGGUUCAGGGCCCCACCCCUCAGGGAGGCCCACACACCACGGCUACAGCCAGAACCGACGCUGGCACCAUGGCAACACGAAGCAUCCGCCGGGAGACAAGGGAGAAGCAGGCAGCCACCGCAACGCCAAAGAGACCGUGACCGUUGAGAACCCCAAACUUGAAGACAGCCCAGGAGACACUGGACACAGUGGCCUGGAGCCCCCCUGCAGCCCUGACACCCUGACCCCAGCAGCUUCCGAGAGGCCAACCCCUCAGCUGCCAGGGGGACCCGAGGCUGAGACAAAGCAUAAAGACACUGUUCUUCCCGAAUGCCUCGGGGAGCGGCCCAAAAUCACCCUGCUCCAGUCUUCCAAAGACAGGCUGAGGCGAAGGCUGAAAGAAAAGGUACCGGACGAAGUGACAAUAGAGACAAGCAGCCCUCAGCCAAACAAGAUGGACAAGUUGAUGGAGAUUCUGAACAGCAUGAGAAACAACAGCAGUGACGUGGACGCCAAGCUCACCUCCUUCAUGGAAGAGGCCCAGAACUCCACCAACUCCGAGGAGAUGCUGGGAGAGAUCGUGCGGACCAUCUACCAGAAGGCGGUGUCGGACCGGAGCUUCGCCUUCACAGCUGCCAAGCUCUGCGACAAGAUGGCGCUCUUCAUGGUCGAGGGGACCAAGUUCCGGAGCUUGCUCCUCAACAUGCUUCAGAAGGACUUCACUGUGCGCGAGGAGCUGCAGCAGCAGGAUGUGGAGCGCUGGCUGGGCUUCAUCACCUUCCUGUGUGAGGUGUUCGGCACCAUGCGGAGCAGCACGGGCGAGCCCUUUCGGGUGCUGGUGUGCCCCAUCUACACGUGCCUCAGGGAGCUCUUGCAGUCUCAGGAUGUGAAGGAAGAUGCUGUCCUCUGCUGCUCCAUGGAGCUACAAAGCACUGGCCGGCUGCUGGAGGAGCAGCUGCCUGAUUUGAUGACGGAGCUCCUAGCCAGCGCCCGAGACAAGAUGCUGUGCCCCACCGAGUCCAUGCUAACCCGGUCCCUGCUCCUGGAGGUCAUCGAGCUCCACGCCAACAGCUGGAACCCUCUGACGCCCCCCAUCACGCAGUACUACAACAGGACCAUCCAGAAACUGACAGCCUGACAGCCGGGGGGGCCUGGUGGGCAGCCCGUGGGCAGCUGGGGCCCUGGCGCACAGGGCCAGAUGGACAGGCGAAAGGACAGGGGUGGCCCUGGCAGGAAAGAGAAUUGAGCAAAGAGGCAGGCAGCAACGGGGGCCAGUGUGGAGCCAGCCGGGGAGUGGAUUGUACGCCUCAGAAGACCUCCCCCGUGCAGCCCCCCCCAAUCCUGAGCACGUGGCAGCGCACCAAGGGAAGCAUGUUUCUUUGUGCUGGUGGUCACCCGCCCUUGCUCUCUUCUCCUCGCUCUCCUCAGCCCUCAGCCCUCCCCACCCCUUACCUUCCGACCCUCCCUCCCUCCCCCAUAGAGCUUUAGGGGAGGAAUCUCUGCCACUCCUCACCGUCUCCAGCUGCCUCUCAGCCUCCCACACCUCUGGCCACUGCUUGGGUCAGCCAGGACUGCUGAAGGCUGAAAAAGUGGGUCGAGACGGCUCUCAUUGUUCCCACGUGCUGUCAGGCGCAGUGGCCAACUGGCAGCAGGCAACGGGUAGCAGAUGUCUGGGAGGACAAAGGCAGGCACGGCCCCCACCAGCCGCCCAUAAUUGACGGCCUUUGUCGGCCCCAGUGGAGCUGGGGAGAGUCUUUUUUCCCCCUCUAACCUUCAUGCUCCACCCUCACGCUCCAUGCCUUCUACCCUCAGUCUCCAGCCUCAGGGCCUGCUGCUCCCCCAGGCAGAAAAGGGAGCUGGGCUCAUGGCUCAGCUUGAACCCUUUUAUUUUGUUUUUCAAAAGUCGGUUGCUUUGAAGUCUCCUUUUUCUCAAUGAAAAUGCCCUCGAUGCGAUGCGAUCCCCUUCAAGGAUCCCCUGAUUAGUGGGAGAUCAAACCCUGCCCCCUCUGGAAAAAAUCUAGCCACUAACAGCUUGCCAGUAGCUAGCUAAUAAUUGGAAACUUCUGCCCCAAUGGGGGUCCCUGUUGGAAUCCUGUGUUCCUGGGCCCCUGUCCUGCAGUGCCUCUGUUCUUGUCCACUGCUAGCUUCCAAAGGGCUGAUACUGUCCCCUGGACUGCCUUAGCACCUGCCCUGGCCCCCAUUAUGGCAAACAGGGCCAGAAAUGAGGCUGGCAGAUUAAAACCAAAUGCAGGUCUUGUUCCAAGCCAACUGCUGGAGGAAGAGCCCACUGCUGGCUCCGUGGGUCUUGGAGCCUCAUUCAUGGGCUGUGUCCUUGCCCUCACCUCAUCCCAGGCAAGACCCAAAAGCCCUGUCUCCAAGUCUGCUGGGGACAGGGGAAAUUGCUGGGUCAUGACUGGGACAGUUUGGUAGGUGACCAGGCAGGCAGCUAGAUAAAUUUUUCGGGCUAUAAUCAAAGCUACAGUUUCUUGAAGGCUUUGGUCCCAGGGAACAACCCCGUCUAUAAUGGUUAGAGAGGAUGAGGCAGUCCAAGAGGCUGGUCUCGGUGGUGACUGGAGGCUCCUUGCCUCGUCUCUGGGAAGCUGGAACCCACACUUUGAUGAUCCCUAGAAUAAGUGUCCAAGCCCAGUGGCUUCCUAGUCGGCUCCUUUUACUGGAACUGGUCAUGCCUGGGCCGUGUUGGAGGCUCUUGAGCAGCAGUUCUGAGCCUGUGACUCGUGACCCCUUUAAGGGGGGGUUGAACAACCCUUUCACGGGGUCACAUAUCAGAUAUCCCACAUAUCAGCUAUUUACAUUACAAUUCAUAACAGUAGCAAAAUUACAGUUAUGAAGUAGCAGCGGAAAUAAUUUCCUGGUUGGGGGUCACCACAACGUGAAGAAGCACAUGAGUAUUAAAGGGUCGAAGUGUUAGGAAGGUUGAGAACUGUUGCUCAUGAGGCUUCCCAACUCAGUUCAGACUGGCUAAAGUGAAGAACAGGGAAGGUUCUCUUAAUUGUACCGAGUCUAAAAGACUAGAAAGGGAAGCAGGUAGCAGAGGGAGAGUCCCCCGCUCUCUCCAACUAAAUUCUUCAGGUCCUGAGAUGGGGCCUCAAAAGGGCCUGCUGGGAAGAAGGUAGAGAGGUCAAUGGCCAUCCCAUUGACCUCUAUAGAGAGGUCUAAGAGAGCUUUGCUCGCUUUCCUUUUCCUCUCCUUCCUAUCUGUCUUAUUUUCUGCUUCUUGCUUCCUUACUCCCAUUCCAGCCCUUAGGCUGAGCCUGGAGCCCAGGGACACUACACAGGAGGUGUUGAGGGAAGAGCAGGGCAAAUGGGAUGCCCAGAGAAGGCAUCAGGGAAGCCAUGCUUUUGUAGAGUUGGGCAGCCCAGGCCCACGGGCACCUGCUCCCCCUGAAGCUUCAGGAGCCACAGGUGUGCUUCCAUAGGCCUGCUUCCCAAGUGUCUGUAGAAUGGUGUGUGUGUGUGUGUGUGUGUGUGUGUGUGUGUGUGUGUGUGUGUGUGUGUGUGUGUUUGCAUAGGCCUGCUUCCCAGGUAUCUAUAGAGCAGUGUGUGUGUGAGUGAGUGUGGGUGGGUGUAUAUGUGUUUGUGUGUACACACACCCACGCACACAUUUGUGUAUAUGCAUCUGCUAAGAAUGAAGCAGGACCAUGAGGAAGAAAGUGCUGAUGGUGAGGACUCAAGCCUCAGGAGUAGGGAGGUCUCACUGGGUUCACAGAGUAGGCUCCAUACAGGGGCGCCCAAACACUGUGUAGAGGGGCGGAGACCAUGGCUUUGUGGGCACCGUGGGCCUAAUGCAACUCCUUCUUAAUGGCCUGUUGGUGACCCUGCCUCAAGAGAAGCCCUUCCUAGGGCCUUGAGGACCAGUGUGAAGAUGGAGAUAUAAAUAUGUAUACAUAUAUAAAUAUAUUUUUAAUUACAUGUUGUGUCCCGGUGGCUCCAGACCUAGAGUUUGCCUGUUGUAUCCCAUUGCUUGACAGCACUUCCUGGCCCAUCCUAAUAUGUCACUUCCGGCUGUCUGUCUGUUCUAAAUGCAGAUCCCUGCUACUUUUUCAGACAUGGAAAGAAAACCUUUUAUUAUUAUUAUUAUUUUUUUUUUUUUUUUAAGAAACAACAGUAAAGCCUAAGAUCUUGGUUUAGCCCUGGCUGUCCUGGAACUUACUCUGUAGACUAGGUGGUCUUGAACUCAUAGAGCUCCGCCUGCCUCUGCCUCCCGAGGGCUGGGAUUAAAGGCCUGUGCCACCACUGCCUAAACAGCUUUCUGUGGGAGACUACUCAGGAGGGAAGUGGGAGACAUGCAGGCAUCCAGAGACCCCUGACCUCCCCAGGCCAGAGCCUUCCCUGUCUCCAGAGGAAUGGCAUAUCCAAGCCGGCCUCUGAAUGAAUAAACAGAAGGCAUAUUUGGCUGUUGCCUCUCUCAGGCUUGUGUUGUCCUGUCUGGCCAUGAUGAUCUGAUACUGAGCCUUUUCAGGCUCCCCUGCCUGUCAGGACGAGUUGGUCCUUGUUUUCCACUCAAGUGGCCUGCUUGUCACUGUCCUCCUUGUGAACUGGCCCUAUUGCCUAAGCUCUGGGACCACAGCUCCUGCAGGGCUCCCAGCCUCCCCUGGACAAGGCCUGGAGCCCCACCAUCAUCCACGGGGAACAUGUGCCCCCCCCAAAACCAUCUUCAUCCACUCACCCUUCCUUAUCUGGUCUGUAAACCUUUGCAGUUUGGGGAUCAUCUUGUUCAUCUGUGUAAAUGUAAAUGUUGACCCAGUUGGUAUUUAUUCUAAUUUGUAUUGUAUUUUAUUUUAUUUUGUCUGAAGGGUGGGGGGUGGAAGUAUAGCACUGGUUGCACCCAGGCUUCAAGGAAUGACCCCAGGCAGCCCAGGAGCCAAGAGAAGGAGCUCCUUGGGGCCACUCUAGAUGGCAGCCCCCACGGAGCCACAGCCGAGGCUGUUAUCUGGCAUCAGACGCCAGACAGCGUUCCUUGACCCAGACACUCAGGCCUGCCGAUGGCCUGAUGUCCCUCAGCUGCCUGGCACGGUGUUGGGAAACCUCUGACUGGGUCAUCAAGGAGGUGGGUUGGGGAGAAUCGAAUUCUCCUCCGCUCAGGGCACUUGGACCCGGAGAUCUGUAGCCCCGCCUGAGCCAGCCAGAGCCUGACAACAGGACCUACCUCCCUGGAGCAGGGUCUAGAGAUUCCCGCCAAAGCUAUGGGCCAAUCCUGCUCGCGCCAUCCCCUUCCCUCCACCCAUAUGUCCUGCUUCCCAGCUGAACCCAGACAACAAGUGGGUUUAAAAAAAAAAAAUUAAAUGAUACCAAAAACCAAAA